AAUCAAAUAGGCGACAGCUCUGCUUUUAAUGGUGGUCGGCCGAUAGUCGCGAUUGGUGCUAUCGUUAAUAGUGUUGUCUAUAAAUACUAUUUUGAGCUCCAGCUACACGCGGUGCUAAAAAUCAACAAAAAUAUUUUAAAACAUGGACAGCGAGGCGGAUGAUUACGAGCCCACCGAUUCCGAGCAGGAAUACGAUGAAGAAGAGCGUGAGAUCUUGCAGGACUUACGCAAGGAGCGCCAAAAGCGUGUUGACAAACAUAAAAAUCAAAAACAGGAGAUUUUGGCAUUCAGCGAUAGCGAAGACGAGGAUGAUGAGCAGGAGGACGACGACGACGAUGAUGAUGAUGUGGGCAAGCUAAUGCAGGACAGCGACAUUGAAGGCGCCGAAGAUGAUGACCGCGAUCUGCCCGACACCAUGGACUGGGGAAGCAACAAGAGGUCGUACUACAAUACAGAUUUUGUGGACCCCGAUUACAGUAGCUACAAUGCGCAGGAAGAGGAGAUGGCCAAAGCAGAAGAGGAGGAAGCCAAGAGAAUACAGUUACGUCUAGCCAAGCAGCUAAACGAAGCUGACUUCCAGCUGGACGAUAUGGAGUUGCCCGCUGAAAAGCUGGAGCAGCAAAAUGGAGCCAGCAUAAGGGUGACCACAGAUCUGACAGGUUUAACUAAACGUGAACGGUUACAGCUACUGCAGAAGGAUUCUCCUGAGUUUAUGGGACUCACAAAGGACUUUCAGCACCACCUUAACGAGGUGCAACAGCUGACAAAUCCCGUGUUGGACUAUGUACAAAAUCACAAUGUGCCCAUGGUGCCGGCAUUGCAGUUUGCCGAAGUCUAUCAGAAUGUGAUGCUAACACACUGCUCCAAUGUGGCCUUCUACCUGCUGUUAAAGGCACGACGCACCAGCGUCAAAUUCCAUCCAGUGAUCAAGCGCUUGGUGCAAUUAAAGAAGCUGUUCGAUGAGCUGACGCCGCGUUAUGAAAACUAUAUACGUCCGCAGCUGGAGGCACUAUUGGAGCGCAUACAAGAUGGUGAUACAUUCACUGUGCUUGAUGUGGCGCAGCGCAAGGCCAAGCUGAAAAUACUCAACAAAUACGAUGAGAAUGCAGGAAAAGAGCAUGAGAUGGGCAGUGAUGACGACAGUGAGAACUCUGAUGAUGAUGACGACAAGGAGGCGGCCGGCGAGCAAUUAGAUGAAGAAGAUGAGGACGAGGAGGAGAACUCGCGUCGCGGCAUUACCUACCAGAUAGCUAAGAACAAGGGCCUAACGCCACAUCGCAAGAAGGAACUGCGCAAUCCGCGUGUUAAGCACCGCGGCAAAUAUCGCAAGGCGCUUAUACGCCGGAAGGGCGCCGUGCGCAAUGUCCGCACUGAAGGUAAACGUUACGGUGGCGAAGUAUCGGGCAUUAAGUCCACUGUCACCAAGAGCGUUAAAUUUAAAACGUAAUUUGUCCGCUAUAUAUGCUAUGUAUAUAAUGUUUAAUAAAAAUCAAUAUCCUAAUUGCAAUUGCUGAA